AUGGAGACAUUGUUGGCAUUGGAGGCAUCGAUUGGUUGUUAUGCAAAUUGUGAGUUGGGUACAUUGGUGGAGGGAAUGUUGUCGGGAAGAAUGGUGGAGGCGGUGGCAAGAAGAAUGUCCAGAUGCACUGUUGCGGGAGUUGUGGAGGCGGCAAGGUCUGAAACUUCACAAGUGACAAUGUCGGAACCGACGCAUAAAAACGACGAUACAAAAUGGAAAAUCUAUUCAAUGUCUGAUAAAACACUCGGAAAAGAUCCGAAGUAUCCUAACUCGUUGACCAACUGGGUGAUCUCGGAUGGAAAAUCCCUUAAGCUGCUUCCCAAUCACUAUGCACUCCCAGAAGACAUUCGCAAAACUCAGAAAAUGAAUUAUUUUUUGAUCGAUUACCGCGAAUUGCGUGCAAUCAAAAGCGUGGAAUCGAGUUUACCGGGAUUCACCUGGAAAACGUGUGCAGACUUCUUUGGGACCCUUGAGACGUUUGCAAAGAUGCUGAAAAUGUUUGGCGGUGGUGUCCAGAAGAAAUGUUACCUUCGUGUAAUCUCUGCUAAUGUGAUGGGCGACGAGCAAUCAGGAGAAUCUAGAGUUUUUGCUGAUGAGGUGGCGAUUAUGAUCCCAUUUUUGAGGGAACAACAAGGAAUGCCUUUUGAGAACCCUGCAGAUGAGCAAGAUAAAAUUUUCAAAAGGUUCAAUCCACUCCUCCAAUUUUUUUCCACUAUCACGCUCGACGACUUGGAAAAUUUGCUCAAAGAAUAUGAUAUUGACAAAUCGUUAUUGACACUUGUGGACGAUCCCGUUCAUGUCAUCGGAUGGAGAUCACUUGAAAUGACGGGUGCACCGUUCAAAGUCAUUAAUGCCAUUAGUACUCAAAUCAUCAGCAAAAAGCAAGCGAUACUGUACAUGUUUCAACACUUAGUUUGCGGCGUGAAUUGGGAAGACGUUUCACUAGGUGUUAGAUCCCAUAUUAUUGGGGUCGUCGGUAUGUGCAGUGUAGGUCCAAAUGGCGAUUACUUGGCCUUUGACGCUGUUGUCAACCUCAUUGUUCUUGUGAAUCAAAUGUACCCCCAAUUUCCACAAUGGCGAAAAAACGAAGCUUUCAACUUGCCACUUUACGUAUUUGUGAAUAUGAACUUGCCGGCUCUGCCAGUAUGGAUGCUCAGAGCAUUGCUCACUCUCGGAUGGCUUCACAGCAUAGUUCAAAACGAUGCCAAGUUGGAGCAUUUUGUCGCUGGCAUUGCUGAGGCAACCAUAACUGCUCUCAUGGCUACAAUUCCGAGAGUUGAUCGAAAGUUCAUCCGAAAUGUGCAGAAAGAAGCUCUUGGCUACAUUUUUAAACAACUUGGAUUGGAAGAAGAACAAGGCAAGGUUUUGGAUGUCCAUGCCCAGCAACAAGAGGAAAAGAGUGUUGAGAAACCAGGAAAGAAUGGAAAGACCGCAGGACAAGGUGAUAAGUCAUAA